AUGGCAGUUUUCAGAAUAUGUGAUCCGAAUCAAUAUAUGGUGACCACAGGAGCUUUUAUUAAAGAUCUCAAAAUAAGCAAAAAGGGAUGGGUAUAUCCUGGUCAACGAUACGAGUUCUUUGAUAUCACCCCGGUCAAUUAUACGCUGGAUCUUCAAGCGAUGAGCGCUGAAAAACUGGAAUUCAAUUUACCAGCAGUGUUCACUAUCGGGCCGAAAGACGACGAAGAAAGUCUAAUUCGAUAUGCGAGAUUAUUGGCUACCAAAAACGCGAAAUCCGAUCAAGUUGUCGUAAUCAUACGAGGUAUUAUUGCAGGUGAAACAAGAGUUAUUGCGGCUGGAAUGACUAUGGAAGAAAUUUUCUUGGAGAGAAAGCAAUUUAAAGAACAUGUAAUUAAAAAUGUUCAAGCUGAACUCGACCAAUUUGGCCUUUAUAUUUACAACUGUAAUGUUAAACAGUUGCAAGAUACUCCCGGCUCUGAAUACUUCAAAUAUAUUCGUAUGAAAACUCAUGAAGGUGCCGUAAAUCAAGGAAAAGUCGAUGUAGCCGAAGCACGUUAUCGAGGUAACGUGGGUGCCAAAGAACGAGAAGGCAAAACACGUCGUGAAAAUGCACAAAUUGAAGCAGAAACAAAGAUUCUUGAAAAUGAGCAGAAUGUUGCAAUAGCUGAAACUGAGAUGAAUUUAGCCACAAAGAAAUCAGUGUUUGAACGGCAAACCAAAAUUGCUGCUAUUGAAGCUGAUAAAGCUGCGAAAAUACGUCAGUCAGAACUUCAGGCAGAAGUCGAAAAACGUCGUAUGGCGUCCGAGACGGAACGGUUACGUGUAGCGUUAGUAGCGAAAGCUCAAGCGGAGAAAGAAGCUUCGAAUGCUAUAGCUGAUGCGGCACUUUACACAAAACAAAAAGAAGCUGAAGCAGAAUUGUAUAAGAAGCAAAAGGAGGCUGAAGGUCUUUUUGCUUUAUAUAAUGCUCAAGCUAAUGGUGUGGAGAAUCUUAUGUCGGCUUUUGGUGAAGAUACAGCUUCGGCGAUUCAGUAUAUUAUGAUUGAACGCGGACUCUUUACACAAUUAGCUAAAGAGAAUGCGGCAGCAGUAAAAGGGUUGAAUCCACAAAUAACUGUAUGGAAUACUGAUGGUCAGGGUACCGCUAAUAAUCCAGUAGCUAAUCUUAUACAAAGUCUCCCUCCACUGCUUUCAACUAUCCAAGAUCAAACUGGCAUCUCGCCGCCAUCGUGGCUCGCUGACAUGUCAAAGACCAAUCCAGCACCUAAAACUGGCCGUCAUUUAACGUUAAUUUUUGAGUUUUCAACAAUGAAAUCUUAA